AUGGGAUUGAAUAUUUUGCUACUUCUGUUUUUGAAACUUAGUUUGUUGUAUGAGAUUGUUAUCGCUGAUCAUGAUCACUACUCUUUUACUUCUAUGCAGCUUGCAAGUUGUCAUGAAGACGAGAAGUUAGCCUUGUUGAAAUUCAAGGAUAGCUUUCUCAUUAACAAAUCUGCUUCUGGCUACGAAGGUGGUUAUCCCAAAGUUUUACAGUGGAAUAAUCCGCAGCAAGGAGAAACAAGUAGUGGAAAUUGCUGUUCGUGGGAUGGCGUUGAGUGUGAUGAGGAGACAGGUAAUGUGAUUGGGCUUGACCUUAGCGGUAGUUGUCUUUAUGGCACUAUCAACUCUACCAGCACCCUUUUUAACCUUGUUCAUCUUCGGAGGUUGAAUCUUUCUGAUAACCAUUUCAAUUACUCUCUGAUUCCCACUUCUAUGGGACAAUUUUCAGAGAUGACCCAUCUUGAUCUCUCUGCUUCUGCUUUUUCUGGUCAAGUCCCCGUUGAAAUUUCCAAAAUGUCUAACUUAUCCUCCCUAGAUUUGUCUGAAAACUAUUUGGAGCUUAAAAAUCCCAAUAUGAGAAGCCUGGUGCAAAAUUUGAGUACUGGUUUAGAAAUACUUAAUCUCAACCAUGUACUCAUAUCAUCCGAAGUACCCGAUGUCCUUGCAAAUUUCACUUCCUUGACAUUGCUGGGUCUUUAUGAUUGUGAACUGCAAGGUGAAUUUCCUGCGAAGAUUUUUCAACUUCCAAAUCUAGAAAAUCUUAGUAUAGGAUCCAACAGCAAUCUCAGUGGCUAUUUGCCUGAAUUCCUCCGACCAAGUCCUCUCAAAAUAUUAAACCUUGAAGGUACCAAAUUUUCUGGAAGCCUACCAUCUUCAAUCCAAAUGCUCGAUUCAUUAGAGUUGCUAUCUGCUAGUCAGUGCCAUUUUUCAGGGCCUAUUCCAUUUUCACUUGGGAAACUUACCCAACUUACCGAGAUAUACCUUGGAGAGAACAGUUUAAAUGGAUCCAUCCCGUCUUCUCUUCAGAACCUCACCCUACUCACUCAUCUAGGACUUGAAUACAAUCAAAUGACCGGUCCCAUCCCAUCUUCACUCAGGAACCUUACCCAACUGAUCCAACUUCGUCUUAACAGAAAUAAAUUUCAUGGUCCAAUUCCACAAUGGUUAUCCAAACUCAAUAAUCUAAAGUUGCUUGGCCUUAAUCAUAACAAUUUAGGUGGCACAGUGAAAUUCAACAUGUUUUUUAACAUGGAAAGUCUCACUGACCUCCAAAUAGGUCAUAACAAUCUGACACUGCUGUUUGAUGAGAAAGUAUACAUGAAUGCAACAUUUGCAAAGUUCACCACUUUAGGAUUGAGUUCGUGCAACUUACUUGAGUUUCCUGAUUUCCUUUGGCAUCAAAACAAGCUUGAGAUGUUGGUAGUUGAAUCCAACAUGCUACGAGGUCCACUUCCCAUUCCUCCACCAUCGAUCAAGAAAUUUUUGGCUAGAGACAAUAUGCUAACGGGAGACAUUUCACCACACUACUGCAAUCUGGCUUCUCUUGAUGCACUUUCUUUGUCGGAUAACAUGUUGAGCGGCACAAUUCCAGGAUGCUUUGAAAAUUCUACUUUGCUAUCACUAUUGGAUCUGAGAAACAACUCUUUUCAUGGAAUCAUUCCUGAAAUAUGCAAAACUGGAGGAAAUCUGGAAAUGAUUGAUCUGAGCGAUAACCAAUUGCGGGGACAUCUUCCACGUUCCUUGUCCAAUUGUAUGAUGCUUCAAGUUCUGGCUGUCUCAAACAAUCAAUUGAAUGAUGUUUUCCCUUCUUGGUUGGGAUCUCUUCCCGAGUUACGACUGCUAACUCUGCGUCAUAAUUGGUUCCACAGUAUCAUUGGAGAACCGGAAAACGAUAUGCAGUUUCCCAAGUUGCAAGUCAUUGAUCUAUCUUACAACAAUUUCACAGGUGAGCUGCCAUCCCAAUACAUCUCCAAUUGGAAUUCCAUGAAAGCUAUCAAUGUCAUCAGCACUGAUGUAACAUAUAUGAAUUCUAUAUUGCAUUAUAUUGUUUCGGGAACUACUCGUUCGAGAUUAAUUUACCUUUAUGGAAUCACGAUAACACAUAAAGGGGUAGAGAGGUACCAUGUAUACAUCCAAGAUAAUUUUGCUGCCAUUGAUCUAUCAUGCAAUAGAUUUGAAGGGAAGAUUCCCAUAUUGAUUGGUAAUCUAAAGGCCCUUCGCUCACUCAACCUUUCCAACAACAUACUCACUGGUCAGAUUCCAUUAGCAUUGGAAAACCUCAAUGACCUUGAAUCAUUGGACAUUUCUCAAAAUAGUCUCUCUGGUGCAAUCCCCCAACAAUUGUCACAGCUCGGCUUCCUUUCCAUCUUUGAUGUCUCUCACAACAAUCUUACAGGGCCUAUACCUCAUGGGAAACAAUUUGAUGCAUUUGACAAUACUUCAUUUGAGGGUAACCCUGGAUUGUGUGGUGCUCUAUUAUCAAAGAAAUGUGAAAAUUCAAUGUUGUUGCCACCACCAAAUUCAGCUUUCGAAAAAGAUGAUGGUGAUUCGGUGUCUCAACUCAAAUUAGAUUGGAAAUUUGUGUUGGCAGGAUAUACAAGUGGACUGGUUGUUGGAAUAAUUCUUAGCGACCUUGUGAUCGUGAGGAGACAUGGAUGGUUGGUUAAGAUCAAAAGGAGAAGAGGGAGGCGGAAUUGGAGAAGCUGGCAUACAGACUGA